ACCAUUCGAUAAUGUACCAGCCACAGGCACAAAACAAUUAUUUUACUUUGGUAUUUUAAGUAAAUUUCGCUGAUUAUACUUUUGUACUUUUACUUAAGUGGGAUAGAUCACGCAGGACCUUACUUGUAAAGGAGUAAUUUUAGAGCCGUGUUGGUACUUUUACUUAAGUAAAGCAUCAGAGCGCCUCUUCCGCAACUGCACAUCAUCGGAUCAUCAGUGCAAGCUUUGGCGUGUGAGCGUGGUAACAGCAGGGGGAAGCAUUGACGAAAGUUCAUUACGCGAUCCUGUUACUCUGGAAAGCUCUUCCUCCUUCGGCCACAUCUAAGGUUUUACAUUUAAGGACAGCUAAUACAUAGCCAAAACAACGGAGGGAAAAUGAGCUACGAGUUUAUUCCAAAGUAAGAGCGUCGUUAUGGUUAAAAAGUGGGCAGAGCAGGGAAAAACACCUCCGCCCACUCGCUGAUGAGAGCAGGUCAUGCGGCCUCCACUGUUUUGAUUCAGGGCUCCGACAGGCAGGGCAGACAUGGCGGACGACCGGAGGUCCGGGUGACUCUUAAAAGCGACCCUGCUACUGCGAUAAAAGUCCGUUGUACCAAUUAAGGCGGCAAGAGAUAUCGGGGAAGCUGGCAGCUUUGUGCGGAGCUCUGUUCCUCCCGGAGGACAUGGAGAUCACGGCGGAGGGAGAGGCGGAGGAGCGCAGGAGGGAGCACUGGAAACUGCUGUCCAGUCUGAAGACCACGGUGGAGGGUCUCGUGUCCACCAACAACCCCAAUGUCUGGUCACGCUAUGGUGGCCUACAGCGGCUCCACAAGGACAUGAACAACAUCCUCAGCAAUGGACUGAAGAAUGAGCAGGUAUAUUACAAGCAGAGAGACUACUGGCAGUUUGUGUGGUGUGUUCGCUAUAUCAGCCCUCACCUCGCCUCACAUGUUGAACAGUUCAGUCACCUGGAGCCGGUACUGAGCAGCGGGAUGCAGAGUGCUGGUGAAAGCUACAAGGCCGAGCGCUGGCUGCUUCACAGCUUACAGGUUCACAUGCUGUCGGCUCAGCUCCGACCUCUGCUGAGGCAUCUGGGACAUACGCGUAAAUACUACAAUGAUGAUGCCUUUCUGCUGAGCGAGCCCCACGUGACCGCCAUGUUUCAGUGUCUGGAAGCUGUGGAGCAGAACAACCCCAAACUGCUGGCCCAAGUGGACACUGUUGGGCUGUCCCCUCUGAAGGGCCCGCUAUGUCUGGGUCUUUUGAAGAGCCAGAGCCUGUGUGUGUUGCCAGGGGCCGGUGGGGCCUGGAGGAACCGUGACUCAGCUCCCCGAGGAGAAUUUCUAAACCGCAGACUCACCACCUCCAACUGCUCUCUGCGAGAAGCAGUCGCCACCAGCCACGAAUCCGGGAACACUACGGGAGUCGGAUCCCAAAACAGCAACAGCACAAACACUACCUCUCCAGCCAGCAGCCUGGGAGCUCCCUGGGUGUGUGUGUCCAGGCUGGGGGAGAGCCAGCAGGGUGUGACUCCCCCUCCUGGCCCCAUCUCGGUCCCUUGUAUCUCCCUAACAGAGUCCCCCAUGCCCACCUCCCUCCAGCCUGAGACAGGGGACUCUGGCGAUGGUGACUAUGAUGAUGGUCCAGAGUACCUGGCUAUCGGUAACCUGGGGCAACGCAGUCGCCGCGACUCCCAAACCUCCACCCACAGUAGUGAGCAGGGCGACACCGAGGAACAGUCCCUGGAACGGAUUUCCCAGGCCCCGCCCCCACCCAGAUGCUCAUCAUUUUCAGAGGGCCAGAGGGGGCCGGGGCGUGGAUCACGAGGACACGCCCGCUCGUUUUCUGAUACAGGGGUCAAUCAGAAACUCAGGAAUGAAUCAGCAGGAGACGACUGUUGUAUGAAGGACUACAGCCCCUUCUCAACUCAGUGCAGUGAUUCAAGCACGCCCAGUUCCCUUUACAUGGAGUCUCAUGGGUCCCAGUACAGCAGUGUGCCAGAUGGGAUGUUCCGGAAGCCGUCAGAGGGCCAGAGCCUCAUCAGCUACCUGUCAGAGCAGGACUUUGGCAGCUGUGCUGACCUUGAAAAGGAGAACGCUCAUUUCAGCAUCUCAGAGUCCCUUAUUGCCGCCAUCGAACUGAUGAAGUACAACCUGCGGCGUCAGGAGGAGGAGGGCGAGGAGGAGGGAGACAGCGACUGUGAGAUUCAGCAGCUCAAGCAGAAGAUCCGCCUGCGCAGGCAACAGAUCCGCCGCAGCCGCCUGCCGCCCUGCACAACCACCCAGCACAUUUUUCACUCCACUGACAGCGGAGGCUCCAGGAGGAGCUCUCAGGAUUCCUGCCAGGGCCUGUCUGACUCUGGCUCAGCUGAGGAGGUGGAGGAGUGUGAGCUAAGAGAUGGCUGUGAGGGUCAAUCCCUGCUGGCGGUGUCUCAGAACGGCCUCUCCCUGUCACUCGCCUCCCUCUUCUCAGAUGCAGACAUAAAGCGCAGUGUGAGCUCCAGCAGCAGGUCUUUUCUCAGCUCAGAGUCCAUCUCUCCAUCCUUCCUCCAGUCCAACUCUGCUGAGUCAGUAGCCAUGGGUUUGCUCAAGCAGUUUGAGGGCAUGCAGCUUCCUGCCGCCUCGGAGCUCGACUGGCUGGUCCCAGAACAGGACGCUCCACAGAAGCUUCUGCCCAUCCCUGACUCUCUGCCGAUCUCACCUGAUGACGGUGAACAUGCAGACAUCUACAAAUUGAGGAUUCGGGUCCGAGGCAACCUCGAGUGGGCACCGCCUCGACCACAGAUCAUCUUCAACAUUCACCCUGCACCCAAGAGGAAGAUAGUUGUGGCUAAACAGAACUACCGCUGCGCUGGCUGUGGCACCCGCAUCGACCCAGACUAUAUUAAACGACUGCGUUAUUGUGAAUACCUGGGUCGUUACUUCUGCCAGUGCUGCCAUGAGAACGCCCAGGUGGUGGUCCCUGGCCGAGUGCUAAGGAAAUGGGACUUCAGCAAGUACUAUGUCAGCAACUUUGCCCGGGACCUGCUGAGCAAGAUCGCUGGAGACCCCCUGUUCAACCCCAAUGACAUCAACAGCGGACUGUACAAGAAGAUCAAAGCUCUGGAGGCUGUCAGGAUUUUGAGGGUGCAGCUGUUUCACAUGAAAAAUCUCUUCAAGACCUGUCGCUUUGCUAAAGAGGUGCUGGACAAGUUUGACAGCCUGCCAGGUCACCUGACUGAAGACCUUCACCUCUUCUCCCUCAAUGACCUCACUGCUGUGCGCAAUGGGGAAUUGGCUCCCCGAAUGAAAGAGCUGCUUAAACUCGGUACCAUGCACGUAGCUGGCUGUGUGCUAUGCCAGGCGAAGGGUUUUGUGUGCGAGUUCUGCGGCAACGACAAAGAUAUCAUCUUUCCUUUCCAGCUGAACAAGUGCCAGCGUUGCGAAGAGUGCCAUGCGUGUUACCAUCGCAGCUGUUUCCGGACAGGUAAAGACUGUCCUCGAUGCCAGCGGCUGGCAGAGCGGAGAGAGAGGAUGGCGCGCAAGAACAUGGAGGAACAAGAAGACGAGGGAGGUGGGACCUAGUGGUAGUAACAGGGGAAACGAAGAAGAGCACAACGCGACCGUGAUUGUAGUGACUGACCACCUCCGUUUCCAUUCCAGUCCUCUGAGGCCUUGGGUGACAAUACUAGCUGCAAACAGCCUUUCUGAUCUCAACGGGCUGCCAGAUGUGCAGUUUUUACCCCAUCAGCGCACCAGUUGUGUCACUGUCAUAUGAGUUGAUUUUCAGAUCAUUUUUUUUUCUGCAAGCCCUUUUGACAUAUGCAUUUUACUCUGUGAAUGCCUCCUGUUUGAGCAGGAGGCCAAGUCAUUUGUACGUGAAAAUGAAGUGACUUUUGUGAAAACCACCUCAGUUCCCUCCAUGGCCUGGCAGUUUUCUUAAUCCAGUUUUCCUCCAAGAAACACAGCUUUAAAAAUAUUCUAGCAUUUCUUCUACAACUUGGCAUUGGCUUAUCCAAAGAAUUUCGUUCCUAAAGUGAUACUUUCAUUUAAUUUCCUUGUACAUAAAUUAAAAUUUAAGGCCCCGUGUGUGGGAUUUGAAAAUAUUUAUUGGACCGACACCCAGUGGUAGUAUCAAAAAAUCAUUAUCUGACAGCAAUCCUUGUUGCUCCAAAAAUACGUUUUAAAAUUCAGCACUUUUUUUUUUCCCCACCUUUUUGAGCCGUGUUGUACCUGUGUGCACAGUUCAGAUAAGCUGUGUGAGAAAAUCAACUUUGAAUUGUUUUGCAUGAGGAAGUGUUAAUGACACAGCCUGCUGCCUUUUAUAGGGAUGUUCGACACCAGGCGUGUUGCAGUUACAUGUGUGAAAAGGGCCUGAGAUCCGCUGAACUUCUUGGCACUUUGUUGUCCUGUGGUAAAAUCAAUAUAUUUGUCAUUUAAGUAGUUCAGAAAAACUAGUGUUUGCUCAGACUAUUGUACCCAGGUUUGACAUUUCUCCUUCCUUACAAUUGCAGCUUCUGGCAAUUGCUUCGACUCUGGUGAUUUUUUUUUUUACUGGCUGCUGGCUUAGCUGAAGUUUGUUUUUGUGACCUAAAAUGACAGGGUCUAUUUAGAAAAAACAAACAAAAAAACAAAUAGCAAGUAAUGUUUGGAUCUGUUUUAUGAUUUGACUGAUUUUCAGUGCAGAUACUGUAUUGAAGCUAUCCUGCCCUUUAUAUUGAGUUUUUUGUUUUAUUUAGAAAACACUGAAGACAUUUAAUUAACCCCUUCUCAUCCCUGAUCCUUCCUGUCAUGUUUUAAGCUAUUUUAGCCACGCUUAUGUGCCUCUGGGACCAAUGGACUUAGACUAGCAGAGCUGGUGGGGUUACAUUGGAAUGCUGAAUUUAUAGGACUGCACUUCAGAAAGAGGUUUCAGAGUCAGUGUUGCAAAUAUUUUUAGAUGAAACCACAAAUGCUCUGUUUUUGUGCUGCUUUGUGUGCGUGUGGUUGCUAGAAAGAGCUGUGUGAAUAUGAGUGUGAGUGUGCGUGCGUGUGUGUGUGUGUGUGUGUGUGUGUGUGUGUGCACAGUAUGUACACAUGUCUAUCUGCUGUACAUGCUGCCAUGCACUAAUUGUUUGCACCAGCCUAAUCAGCACUUGUCUGUUUUCUAACAUUGUGGGUUUUGGAAUGAUAGAGAGAGAGUCCAGUUAAUUGCACUGAUCCUUACUGUUUUUGUUGGAGGAGUGAGUUGGCACGAUCACUCUUUUGGGGAUUUUUCAGAUGCUUGUUAGAACAUGAACCUUCACUGGGAAAUGUUAUUUUGUUUCUUUAAUGAAGCUCCUGUCACCUGGGUUGCACUACAAUGUGAAAGGUUUUAGUCCAAACUAAGAGAUGUUCAGUUUAAUUGUCAUUCUCUUCACAUGUAGCAGAAGCAUUCAUCACCUCUUGGUCUAAAACCUUUCACGUUUACGUGGGACUUCUCCUCCAACGGAUCUUAGUAAGUGGUUCCCAACUCUUUUGUUUCGUGACCCCUUAAAAGAAUAGCUUGACAUUUUGGAAAAUACACUUCUUUGCUCUUUUGCCAAGAGCGAAAUGGGGAGAUUGAUACCACUCGCAUGCCUUGACCCUAAAUAUGUAGCUUGGGCCAGUUCAACUAAACAGGAGUUUUCCCUCUCAGAUUGUUUUAUUUGAAGGAUUUUUAGAAGCUCAAAGAGGUAAAAGUACACCGUAUCUCACAAGAAUACAGCACAAAAUUAUGGAAAAGUCAUGAAAAUUUUAAUUUGAAUAACAGUCAUGUUGUUCUUCUUGCAAUUGAAAUCAUCAGGAGACCCCUCAGAUUCUUCUUCCCUAGGUUGGGAACCACUGAUCUGGUUAAAUUUUAUCGUCAUUUUGUCACUUGUUAAAAGCACAUCUGGACUGUAACUCCUGCAGAGUUUUAAAAAACAAAAAAUAUUAUUGUGACUGAUUUUGCUUUUAGGGCUCAUCUCCAGUGUGUCGGCGAGUGGUGUCUCUGUUGUGAGUUAAAAUAACCAGCAGCUUGAGGUCUCGCUUGAAAAAAAAAAAUGUUAGGAUACUUCUUUUUACAGGAUGAUCCAAGAGGAUUUCGGGGAUAAAUGAAUAUAUGUUGAUGUCAUAAUUAAGGAUAGGGAGAAAGUUGUGCGAAAACAAAUUUGCAACGCACUGAAUCAAACUGGAUUUUUGUCCCAAGUACAAUUUUACGUACAUCUACAAACCUUUUUUUAAUAGAUUAGUCCCCAGAGUACAUACCACCGUCAACAGGCUUUUCAUUUGGUGUACUAUCCCUCAUGAGAUGAACACUCUCAUGAGAAGCUACUUAAAGCAAUAAACGUGAUAUUCAUGCCCCCUUAGCCCUCACAGACAUGCAUUAAAGAAAUAAACUGCACCCAUGUCUUUGGGUUUAACCGGGUUGCUUUUCGAGGAAACACUCAACUUUUCACCUCAUGGCUCCUGAAUGAGAAAGUGACCAAAUGACUCCCCUGAAAAACCUCCUCAGAUCAGCAGAUUUUGUCCUUGGAUUGCCUUUAACAUGGUGUGUGGAGGUUUAAAGUGCACUACAGAUUAAAAUGUCUAUCAUUAAAAAUGUUAAUUAUUAUUAUUAUGAUUAUUAUUUGUGUUCAUUUGCCUUUGUUCUGUAAUUACGUUGACAAUAAAAGACUGGCUAG